AAUCCUCGGACGAGGGAGCAGGUUAGAGCUUGUACCGGACAACUAAUGGAUAACGUUGCCGCACUAAUACCAUUCCGUCUUUUCACGUUGCCGGAGUAGACAGGGCAAGAAAUAGAGGAAGGUUGAGGUGGUGUCAGUCUUGUCCGAAGCGUCGGCGAUGUUCAGUCCAGUGCCGAAAUGUCUGCUUCCUCAGCUCCCCGAGCCCUUGCCUCUCUUCUUCUCCAGUUCCACGUUCGGUGGCCGUCAGCCGAGGCUCAGGAAGUGCUUCUUCGUAUGGAGCCCGCGUCGAGCCCGCGUCAGUAAGGUUCGCUACUCGGAAUCCAAUCCCAAUGUUAUAUCUACAGACGAAGCAUCGUCUCGUCUAUUUAUGCCGUUGAAAGAGAAGGAGGAGGGCGAGAACUUUGAAUCCGAUAGGCUAUUAGAGAGGUUGAAAAAUGCAGAGCUGGAGCGUGUAGAUAAACUGGAAAAGUUUGAAAACAAAGCAAAUUUACAGUUAGAGAGGCAACUUGUCAUGGCUUCUUGUUGGAGUAGAAUGCUGUUGACUUUACAAGGAAAACUGAAAGGAACAGAAUGGGAUCCUGAGAGCUCGCAUAGGAUUGAUUUUAGCGAGUUUUUGAGGCUUCUUAGCUCAAGCAAUGUUCAUUUCAUGGAAUAUUCUAAUUUUGGCCAGACCGUAUCAGUUAUUUUACCUUAUUAUAGAGAUAGAGGAGGUGGGGAAGCACAUGGGAACUCUGCGAAAGAAGUUGUAUAUCGCCGCCAUAUUGUUGACCGGAUGCCCAUUGAUGCUUGGAAUGAUGUAUGGGAGAAGUUGCAUCAGCAACUUAUAAACGUUGAUGUUCAUAAUGUGGAUUCUGUGCCUGCUGAAGUCUACUCUACUAUAGCAACUGCUGUUGUGUGGACCAUGCGUUUUAUGCUUGCAGUUGGUGUAUAUCUCUGGAUUGACCGAAUCACGAGGCCAAUUUACUCCAAAUUAAUUCCAUGUGAUUUGGGUACUCCAGAGAAACCAAUUAGGCAACCCCUUAAGCGUCGUGCACUUGGAUCAUUGGGCAAAAGCCGGGCAAAAUUUAUAUCAGCUGAAGAAACUACUGGUGUCACAUUUGAUGAUUUUGCCGGCCAGGAGUACAUCAAGAGGGAAUUGCAGGAGAUCGUGAGGAUUCUGAAAAAUGAUGAAGAAUUUCAAGAUACGGGAAUCUACUGUCCCAAAGGUGUUCUUCUUCAUGGCCCACCUGGCACUGGAAAGACUUUGUUAGCUAAAGCCAUUGCUGGUGAGGCAGGGCUUCCAUUCUUUGCUGCAAAUGGCACUGAUUUUGUUGAGAUGUUUGUAGGUGUUGCAGCUUCCCGGGUCAAAGAUCUUUUUGCUAAUGCUAGGUUGUAUGCUCCCUCUAUCAUUUUCAUUGACGAGAUUGAUGCAAUUGGCAGCAAACGAGGUGGACCUGAUAUUGGCGGGGGUGGAGCUGAAAGGGAGCAAGGCUUGCUUCAGAUUUUGACUGAGAUGGAUGGGUUCAAAGAAUCAACAGCCCAGGUGUUAGUCAUAGGUGCAACUAAUCGCUUGGAUAUAUUGGAUCCAGCUCUGUUGAGGAAGGGUCGUUUUGACAAAAUAAUAAGGGUUGGCUUGCCAUCUAGAGAUGGAAGACUGGCCAUAUUGAAGGUACAUGCUAAGAAUAAAUUUUUUAGGUCUGACCUGGAAAAAGAGGCCCUUCUUCAAGAAAUUGCGGAUCUUGCAGUUGAUUUUACGGGAGCAGAGCUCCAGAAUAUAUUGAAUGAAGCUGGUAUUUUGACUGCUAGAAAGGACAAAGACUUUAUCGAAAGGGAGGAACUACUGGAGGCUCUUAAAAGGCAAAAAGGUACUUUUGCAACUGGUCAGGAAGAUAGCACUGCAAUUCCUGAGGAUUUAAAAAUUAGGUUGGCUUAUAGGGAAGCUGCUGUGGCUGUUCUUGCAUGCUAUUAUCCAGAUCCUUACCGCCCAUUUAUACAGACUGAUAUAAGCACAAUCAGUAGUAAGCCUAACAUGCAGUAUUCUGAAUUUUCUGGAAAGGUCUUUUCAAGGAAGUCUGAUUAUGUGAAAUUGAUAGUACAAGCAUGUGCUCCCAGGGUAAUAGAAGAGGAAACGUUUGGGAUCGACAACUUGAGUUGGAUUUCUGCGAAGGCUACAUCAGAGGCUUCAAGACGUGCAGAGUUCUUGAUUCUUCAAACCGGGAUGACGGCAUUUGGGAAAGCAUACUAUAGAAACCUUAGUGACCUUGUACCAAACCUUGCGGCAAAGUUGGAAUAUCUCAGGAGUGAGUACAUUCGUUUUGCUGUUGAGAAAUGUUCUUCAGUUCUGUGCGAAUACCGUUCAGCAGUUGAGACAAUUACAGAUGUCUUGUUAGAGAAAGGAUGGAUCAAGGCUGAUGAAAUUUGGGACAUAUACAGGAAAGCUCCACGAAUUCCUCAGAAACCCGUCAGACCAGUGGAUGAGUAUGGUGCACUCAUUUAUGCUGGAAGAUGGGGAAUACAUGGAAUCUCUCUUCCCGGCAGGGUCACCUUUGCGCCUGGAAAUGUAGGGUUUUCUACCUUUGGGGCAGCCAGGCCCAUGGAGACUCAGAUUAUCAGCGAUCAGACAUGGAAGUUAAUAGAUGGCAUUUGGAAUAGAAGAAUGGAGGAAAUAAAAAAGGAAGAUGUUGCAGAGAUGGAGGAAAACAAAGAGAAUCCACAGCUACUGUUAGCCGAUUAUUUCCUUUAACCAUUUUUGUGAUAUACUUAAGGGUGCUUGACGUGGAACUAUUCUGGGUCUUCCCUAUUACUUCAAAAAGCCUGUGUGAUGCGCAUGCAAUUAUUCAUUUUGAAGGUUGAUUUUGAAAAUUAUAUGUUACUCGAGCCCCUCAGUCGAUGUUGAUUUGAGAAGAUAAGCAGGAGGCUAUGUUUACCUCCAGAUUUCUAAUGUCCAAGAUUGCAGCUUUAAGAUUUGUUGACCAUUGCGCCAUUAACAAUGCAAGGAUUAAGUACAUGCUCUUACUCGAUCAAGUGUCUCGCCCACUUAUUUUUUUAAGGUUGAUCAUGAAAUCUUAAAUGAAGCUCCUAUGUAUAAGACUGAUGCGCACAAUUUUUUUUUUUUGUUUGAAAUGAUACAAUCAAUCAAAAUUAGAAGGCAAUCAUUGUUUACAAUAUGGUGGAUAACUAUUAAAAUUUUGACCCUUCA